AUGCAUUCUAUCUUUUUCAUGGGGAGCUUAAUCUGCUCAACUGUUUCUGCGUACACCUGGGAAAGUGUAAAAAUCGGCGGAGGCGGCGGUUUUGUGCCAGGCAUUGUUUUCAAUCCGACCGAGAAAGGGCUUGCCUAUGCUCGGACAGAUAUUGGAGGCUUGUACAGACUCAACGCAGACGACACAUGGACCGCACUGCAAAACUAUGUAAAUGAUACACUAUGGAACGAGUGGGGAGUUGAUGCGGUAGCGACAGACCCUGUCGAGCCCAAGCGAGUCUAUGCAGCUAUACAGCUGUUUCAAUAA